AUGCAAAGACUAGACGGACAUAUUAAGAUCUCCUCAGAAAUCGCGGGUCGCACAAAAACUAAAAUACGCCGCCGUCUCCGACCUACCAAACCAAAGGAUUCAAUUUUCAAAAAGGCUCCAAAAGGCCUUCCAUUUGACUUUUACGAUUUCAACUUGUUCUACAAUACGUUGUCAAUUUCCCAGAGGAGUCACAUGGCUGACAUUGACAAUUUUUGCUUUUUGCCGGGGGUAGAGCUCUCACUACUAGGUAAAGCUCACCCCGACGAACACCUGAAGGACAAAGCUUUCACCAAAAAGAAUUGGGAUAGCUGUGCUCAGGGCUACAAUUUGGAUUUCUUAACUGCUGGAGGAGGUACAGAUGAUGAGGACGAGACAGAUGAUGAAGAUGAAGAUGAAAUUAUCGAUGUGGAUGUCACUGAUGAUGAGGAGGAGGAGGAUGAGGAUGAGGAGGACAAUAACAAGGAAGACUUUGAGGAGGAUGAAGAUGAAACAGAGCUUGAAGACAAAGAAGAGGGGGUUUGA